UUUAAAUGUCCCGCCGAGGAGGCGGGGCGGAAGCGGGCCGGUGUCCUCCUUUCCCCUCCCGCCGCGCUGGUUGGCGGCUGCUUGGCAGGAGAAGGAGGCGGGACGGAGCCUAGCUGGGCUCGAGCGGCGGCUGCAGCCUCAGCUGACCGAGGAGCGCUACCGUUGCUGUUGCGGCCGCCGCCGCCGCCACCACCGUCAGCGCCGCGGCCGUGCGCCCUGCGGAGGGGAGGCCGCCACCCGGGCGGGCUUGCGCCAUGGAAGGAGCGCGGCUGUUGCCUUAACGGCGCGCCGGCGGGCUGCCGCCGUGGUGGUGGCCGGCAGGAGGAAGCUCUCAAGGCAGAGAACAGGAGCCUGGCUGGCGGCCGGAGGAGCAGGAGGGAUGAGCGGCAGCGCUGCGCCCCCCGGGCCCGGCUCGGGCUCAGCCCCCUGCCGCUUCGCUCACUACUUCGUGCUGUGCGGGAUCGAUGCAGACAGCGGGCUGGAGCCCGACGAACUGGCAGUCUUAUACCAGUGGCUAGAAGCAGAUCGCCAUGGCAAGAGCUCAGAUACUGCAAACAGAACAUCAGGAGAAAACUUUGACCAGAGCCCCUUGAGAAGAACUUUCAAGUCGAAGGUCUUGGCACACUAUCCCCAGAAUAUAGAAUGGAACCCCUUUGAUCAAGAUGCAGUCAACAUGUUAUGCAUGCCCAAAGGGCUGUCCUUCAGGACUCAAACGGAUAACAGAGACCCCCAGUUCCACUCCUUCAUUAUUACCCGGGAAGAUGGUUCUCGCACUUACGGGUUUGUGCUCACCUUCUAUGAGGAGGUCACGAGCAAGCAAAUCUGCACGGCCAUGCAGACGCUCUACCAAAUGCACAACGCGGAGCAGAGCGGCAGCGUCUGCGCCUCGUCAUCGUGCAGCAUGGACUCCCUGGCCAGCAGCCUUGACGACGGCGACUCCACCUCACUGGCCAAGAUGCAGCGCUACAACUCCUAUGACAUCAACAGGGACACGCUCUACGUCUCCAAGUGUAUUUGCCUCAUUGCUCCCUUGCCCUUCAUGCAAGCCUGCAAGAAGUUCCUUGUCCAACUUUACAAGGCGGUCACGUCUCAGCAACCCCCACCUUUGCCCCUGGAGAGCUAUAUCCAUAACGUUCUUUACGAAGUGCCCCUUCCGCCCCCAGGGAGGUCACUAAAAUUCUAUGGAGUGUAUGAGCCUAUUGUUUGCCAGAGACCCGGCCCUAAUGAACUUCCGCUGUCUGACUACCCUCUCCGGGAGGCCUUCGAAUUGCUGGGCUUAGAGAACCUCGUCCAGGUUUUUACGUGUGUUCUCCUAGAAAUGCAGAUUCUUCUUUAUUCUCAAGACUACCAGCGCCUGAUGACAGUCGCAGAAGGGAUCACCACGCUGCUGUUUCCAUUUCAGUGGCAGCAUGUAUACGUCCCCAUCCUCCCUGCCUCUCUCCUACAUUUCCUUGAUGCUCCAGUACCUUACUUGAUGGGCCUGCAGUCCAAGGAGGGAACGGACCGUUCCAAACUGGAACUUCCCCAAGAGGCUAACCUCUGCUUUGUGGAUAUCGAUAACCACUUUAUCGAGCUACCAGAGGAACUUCCUCAGUUUCCCAACAAGCUAGAUUUCAUCCAAGAAAUCUCUGAAGUUCUCCUUCAGUUUGGAAUUCCCCUGGAGGGUACCUUCCAUUGUAGCGAGAGUGCCACCAAGCUGAAGAACCUGGUCCUUAAUGACUUGGCCAAUGACAAGAAGAACGGGAAUAUCCCUAGCAACACCAUCAAUAUGUAUGAGCUGCUUAAAGGCAAUGAAACCAUCGCCCGCCUCCAUGCUUUGGCAAAGAGGACAGGGGUGGCCGUGGAUAAAAUGAGUAUUACCACUUCUCUGGCAGAAAAGGAAAGAGAUGUUAAGCUUCAGUACGAAGAAGGCGAGCUGAGGGACUACAAGCUCAACGUGCAGCUUCGGGAGGUCUUUGCCAACCGCUUCACGCAGAUGUUUUCCGAUUACGAGGCUUUCGUCAUUCAAGCGGCACAAGACAGGGAAUCGUGGCUGACAAACAGGGAACAGAUGCAGAACUUUGACAAAGCUUCAUUCCUUUCUGACCAGCCUGAACCUUACCUUCCAUUCCUCUCACACUUCAUUGAAACCCAAAUGUUUGCAACGUUUAUUGACAAUAAAAUCAUGUCCCAGUGGGAAGAAAAGGAUCCAUUUCUGCGAGUGUUUGACUCCCGGAUUGAGAAGAUAAGGCUAUAUAACGUCAGGGUUCCUGCGUUAAGAACAUCUAUAUAUCAGAAGUGCAGCACAUUAAAAGAAGCAGAUCAGUUCUCGCUCCGAAGACUAGUUUCAAUUGAUAUUGUGGCACCGGAACCCCACCUUCUCAGUCUUGAAAGGCAGCAAGUUGACUCUCAGGCCAUCGAACAGCGGCUGAUGAAGAUAGAUCACACUGCAAUUCAUCCACACUUACUUGAUAUGAAGAUAGGUCAAGGCAAAUAUGAACAAGGCUUCUUUCCCAAGCUUCAGUCAGAUGUAUUGGCAACUGGGCCUACUAACAACAACCGAUGGAUUAGUCGAAGCGCCACGGCACAGCGCAGGAAAGAUCGCCUCCGACAACAUUCAGAGCAUAUUGGUCUGGACAAUGACUUAAGAGAGCCACCAGAGGAGUUCUUGAUCCGUCAGAAUUCAAUGGCAUUCUGGGAGUGGGAUCAGGGCCCACCCCUUCCUGCACGACCACCUAAAAAAUCAUUCUCUGAAUGUUGCCUGAAAUACAUGCAAGAAGCAAGGACCUUGGGGAAAAAUUUGAGGCAGCCCAAACUCUCAGAUCUCUCUCCAGCUGUAAUUGCUCAGACAAACUGGAAAUUUGUAGAAGGUUUACUCAAAGAAUGUCGGAUGAAGACCAAACGUAUGCUGGUAGAGAAGAUGGGCCAUGAAGCAGUGGAGCUGGGACAUGGAGAGGCCAAUAUAACGGGUCUGGAAGAGAAUACGUUGAUCGCUAGUCUUUGUGACUUGCUGGAAAGAAUUUGGAGCCAUGGACUCCUGGUCAAACAGGGAAAAUCUGCUUUGUGGUCCCAUUUAAUUCAGUACCAGGAAAGAGAAGAGAAGCAGGAGCAUCUUGCAGAAUCACCAGUUGCUAUUGGUUCAGAAAGAAGAAAGUCUGAUACACUGCUUAUGUUGCCAACUCUGAGAGUCUCACUUAUCAGUGAUAUGAGGCACAUUCAGAACAUGAGUGAAAUAAAGACCGAUGUGGGUCGUGCCCGAGCCUGGAUAAGGCUAUCCCUGGAAAAGAAACUCUUGUCCCAGCAUCUGAAGCAGCUUCUUUCCAACCAAGCACUGGCAAAGAAACUGUACAAGCGUUAUGCUUUUCUGCGCUGUGAAGAAGAACGAGAACAGUUUCUCUAUCACCUCCUCUCACUCAAUGCUGUGAAUUACUUCUGCUUCACAAGUGUCUUCACCACCAUCAUGAUUCCAUAUAGGACAGUGAUAAUCCCUAUUAAAAAGCUAAGUAAUGCAAUCACCACAUCAAACCCAUGGAUUUGUGUUUCGGGAGAACUGGGAGAUACUGGAAUACUUCAAAUUCCAAAGAACCUUCUAGAAAUGACAUUUGAGUGUCAGAACUUGGGAAAGUUAACUACUGUUCAAAUAGGGCAUGACAACUCAGGACUGUUGGCUAAAUGGCUGGUAGAUUGUGUCAUGGUCAGAAAUGAAAUCACGGGGCACACCUACAAGUUCCCAUGUGGACGGUGGCUGGGAAAGGGUGUUGAUGAUGGCAGCCUGGAGAGAAUUCUUAUUGGAGAGUUGGUUUCAUCAUCAUCUGAUGAAGAUCUAGGGAAGCAGUGCCGAACCCCACCUCAACAAAAAUCCCCAACUUCGGCUCGGAGACUGAGUAUAACUUCCUUAACAGGGAAAAAUACAAAGCCCAGUGCAGGACAGAUCCAAGAGGGAAUUGGGGAAGCUGUGAACAACAUUGUGAAGCACUUUCACAAGCCAGAAAAGGAGAGAGGAAGCCUUACUGUCCUCUUGUGUGGAGAAAAUGGCCUGGUUGUGGCCCUGGAGCAGGUCUUCCACCAUGGAUUCAAAUCUGUUCGUAUUUUCCAUAAGAAUGUCUUCAUCUGGGACUUCAUAGAAAAAGUCGUUGCCUAUUUUGAGGCCACUGACCAGAUUGGGGACAAUGAAGAGGAUGUUCUUCUUCAGAAAUCUUCCUACAAAACGUUCUGCCACUAUGUAAAUGCCAUCAACACGGCUCCUCGGAACAUAGGAAAGGAUGGCAAAUUCCAGAUUCUAGUUUGCCUUGGAACACGGGAUCACUUGCUCCCACAGUGGAUUCCUUUACUGGCAGAGUGCCCAUCCAUCACCCGGAUGUACGAAGAGAAUGCUCUCUUGCGUGACCGCAUGACAGUCAACUCCCUCAUUAGAGUGCUACAGACAUUGCAGGACUUCACCAUCAUUUUGGAAGGGUCACUCAUUAAAGGGGUGGACGUGUAGCAUGGCUUUGCAGACAACUCCUCAGUCCUCUCCCAGGCAAACAGAAAAGUAUCAAGUCUGGGAGGGGGCAAAGCUAUUAAACCGCAAACGCUACUGGUAGUGCCCCACUGUAUGUUAAAACCAGUUUAUUGGGAGGUGGGGGGGGGGAACCGUCACUCUCUCGCCUCCUUACUGGUCUGCCCUAAAGCUGCAAACUAGCUGAGCUGCAGUAUUGUAGUUUUCAAAACAGAGGUUUAGUAUAAAAUAGAGUAUUUUCGUGUGUUCAUUGUGUGUAAAUAGGCUAUCUUCUUAUAGGAAUAUUACCAAUAAGAAACCUUUUUCUUAGAAGCAGUGUUCUUGGGUUCAGUGGAGGGAAAUGUAGCUUAAAACAAACUUUAUAGGGUCAGGGGAGGGAGGGGGGAGCAUUAUAAUGCGGAAAAGCCACGCAGUGUGUAAAUAUUGUACAAACGCAGCGUGGGCUUUUCCGUGUAUUGCAGAGGAACACAUGAAGACUCUCUAGGUAGCCAUUGCUGUACUUUUUGUGAAUGUAUACUGUUUGCUCUACUCCCUGUAUGCGUCGGUCUCUCGAUAUACUGUUUUGAUCCAAACCUUUUCUUCAUGUGCAUCCAACAAGCUGUGAGUCAUAGGACUCUAGGUCUUCUCCGUGACUUUUUCACUCAGUGCAAGUGGUGGAAAGAAAACGUUUUCACACUGGAUCUGAGGAAUGCAUGAGCUUCAAACAGAAACCCACCAGGGUCUGUUGAAGGAACUGUGCUACAACUGGAUGGUACAGAGAGAAACUACUAUAUCUGGAACAGUCAACUAAACCCUCAGCUCUACUUCCUUCCCUUUCCUCCUCUUUGGGGCAUUUGUAGUGUGGGGGUGUCAUCUGCGGUAUUUCAGGAAGCUUUCUUUAGCACCUGGAGGAAGCUGGCUUCUGCAAGACAAGAUGAUCUUUCUUACGAGCAAGUGAGCCAGAAUCCUAGGGCUGCCCAGUUGCUGCAGAUAGUUUGAAAUGUCAAAAAAUGACUGGCCAUCGCCUUGUCUUCCCACAUCCGGGACAACAAGGGGUUGGUCUAUACCAGUGGUAAGCAAUAUGUGGCUCUCCAGAUGUUGCUGAACUACAACUCCCAUCACCCCUAGCCACAAUUUAUUACAGCUAGGAGUGAUGGGAGUUGUCGUUCAUGUUGCCGACCCCUGAUCUAUACAUUUGCCCUUAAUGGGAAACUACUGCCAUUUGGUGACUUCUCCAUGUCCCAACUGUGAUGUUUAGCUUGGCUUGUAAUUUGGCAGUCCUCUACAUGAUCAAGAAGGGUCCACAUGGCAACCUGCACUAGGCUUGCACCCAGGAUGUGGAGAGUCACUACUUGAGUUAUCUCAGGCCUCCCAUGGACUGAGAUAAAGACCCACCCCCCUCAGGCCCUGAUUCUUCAGGUCCUUAAGGUACUUUAGCAGUGCGGGAGCUACUUCAGUGUUGCUCCGUUCCCACUCCAGUAACAUAGGAACCCUGUAGUAAUGUGCGUAUGUAAGGGAGUUGACAUGACUACCCAACAUCACACUUCCCAUUCCAGGAGCCGUGUUAAUGCUGGUGUGGGAAGUAGCUGCAUUACAGCUCUUCUCAUUUGACUCAGCAUUCCUGUGUUACCAGAGUAGCAUGCGGAAGAAUCUCACUGCAGCAGCAGCAGAUAAGCUGCUGAUGUGAUAUUGGAAGUUGCCCUUAGGAUCCUCUUCGGUUUUGUUAGUUUUGGAAAGGGGGUGAAGCAGAAGAAAUCCAAAUCUAGAGCCUGUUCUGCCCAGAGAAUAGAUUCAAUAUUUUGAGUAGUGGCAACACAGCUGCUGUAAGCAAGUGUUUAGUUAACCUAGGCCAAUGUGAGCACUCUUAUGCAAAAAUUAAUACUAGAUAGUGAAGCAGCAUGGAUGAAUAUCCAGCAUGUAUCAUUCCAUAUUUUUCCUGUUGAUACAAGACAUGCUUCAUCUUUUGGAAACUUGGCUUGAAAAGUAGGUCUUAUUCUUCUGAUCAGUAGCAAAAAAUAAAUAAAAAUCACAGUAUUCAUCAUAUGUGACAAUAGUCUACUUGCAGAAUAAAUUGAUAUUGCAUUUUGAGUGUAUUACAGAUGCCUACUUUCAUUGGUGCUUAUUCUCCCUUCCCAAUAUAGUGGUAGAUUUUGAGAGAAAGAGGGCUCCUUAGGGCUGAAGCACAUAAUUACAAGUGAGAGUGGCUAUACAAGGCAAGAUACAAAUGUGUUGGGGAAACGAUAUCAAAAAGAGCAUUACAGGAGACAUAGGAUUUAUUUCAACAAUCAGUGAUUCUUGUGCAGCAUACUGACAAUGGACUCGUUCUUUGGAUGUAUACUAAGGGUGAAACUAUGUGCUGAUUGAUAGACAUUGAAUUCUUAACCCUAUGUUUGCUAUCAGUGUGGGAAGUGGAGAGAGGAGGGUGUACUUCUAAGGGAGGGGUUUGCCAAGUCUGAAAUACUUUUUCCCACUUGAGCAGGGAAAGAGUUAGAAAGGGAAAGGGAAAGGGUGGAAAGCAGGUCAAGUGCACACUACUCUGCUGAUUUGCACUUUGGCUGCAAUCACAGGUUCGGGAAUCUUGUGUUUGCCCACAAAAUGUGUCAUUGAGUCUCAAAGCUAUGCAUUUACUUUGUUGCUGCUGAUUAUUUGGGACCCCCUUUUCAUCAGAAGAGGGGAUCUAAAUCGGUAUAAAUAGGGAAUGAACAAAAGAACCUAAAGUCAACAAGUGGUAUGCAAACAUAGGAUAUUUUUCUCUUCUUGAAGAAUUGGAUGUUACCCUUUUGCCACAAUAUUUGUCAAAAUAGCAUGUGAAACCCCACUGCCUAGUUUUAUCAAAUCCACCUGCCCCUCCAAAAAAAAAAAAAAAACCUUUGGCAAAAUGCAUGUGUAAAGUCCAUUGGGAAACCUUAUCUGAAUUUCUAAAUACACCAUUGGGUGAACAGCAUUGCUCCAAUAAAUCACUUUUUUACACCUCCAAACAAAACCAGCUGCCCAUUUACACCUAAUAGCAUAACUACCUCAAUUGUUAUGAGUCAGCCCAGAGAAUCCUCAUCCUGUGUUGGAGGGCUUGAUUCUAUGAGGUCUGAAACUAUUCUAAACAUUUUCAGAGAGCUAACUGUAUUCAGGAUUAAUGCACACCACCAGUUAAAGCUGUCAAAAAGGAGACAUGGAGGAAUUACUUGAAUUUUUAUCCUUCUCCACUUACUCUUCAACUUUACAAAACACAGACAUAGUUAAUUAAUUUAAAACUUGCUUUCAGAUGUUCAGAUUUUUUCAAUUAAUAGAGAUGCUUUUCUCCUUUUGCAAGAGAUCCAGUUAACUAUCUUUUUGUUUGUUUUUAUUUAUUAUUUUUCAAGACACGCACUGCAGAUUGUUUCUAGUUGUCUUGUAUUCUGUAGGCAAUUAAUACUUCUGAAAUUUUCUCUGAGGCAGAAGAAAGACUUCAAAAAAAGGAAUAUGGAUCAGGAAUAGUAAAAUAAAAAGAUUAUCAAAAAUUCAUAGAUGUUGGGAAAAAAAUUUUUAACUUCAUUACAUGAAACUAGAAGCAAGAUGAUGCUUGGAUGACUACCUUAAUUCUAAAAGAAUUUGAGACAAAUUUGAUACCUUGAUUCCUGAACUAUCUUGCCUUGUGUCUACUACGGAUCUUGAGGCUUAUUUCAUGGUGUUGGAGAAGAACCAUUUAUCCAGAUUAACAGUAAGAAACCUAUUAAAGCCUGUAUGGCUGAAAUUCAAAAUAGGUUUUUGCCCACCACCACUAGCAUGUGGUGUUAGACGUCUGUUCCUGGCAGUGUAAUUUCUUUCUAUAAAGCAUUAAUUCAUUUUGCCAUCUCUUUGUGUUUCACACCAUAUGAAUGAUGUGCAAGAAACACUGUAUGUGUGUCUCUUUCCUUUUAGGCAAUAAAGCACUGUAGAAUUGUGUAGUAGUAUAAAAACCUCAAGGUAUUUUUGAAGCAUGAGACUGGUCGAUUUUGUGUAUUUGACAACUUUGGGAGUGCUGUUCUUUGUAAUGUUUAUUUUAUUCCUAUUAUGUGCAACUUUUUUUUCCGUUGAUGACUUUCUGAUGACUGGAAAUUAAGGGUGUGUUCUGUUAAGCUUACAAAAACCAUUCUAGCCCCUUGGAAGGAAAAGGAUUUCUUUCUUUGAAAGUAAUACAUCCUUUAGACAUCAGUAUUAAUGAGCCUUUAUUGGUUCAAAAAAUUGCAUUUGUAAGAAGACCAAAGCUUUCAGCUAACCUUCUCUCACAAACUAAACAUUUUAUUCAUGAACUCUGGCUCUCAAAAUAUUCAACAUGCUUGUAUAGCAUUGCAAUUUGCUAUACUAACGCAGUAAGACAAAUUGAAGGGACAAAAUAUAAUUAUAAAGUGGAUCAAUCUAUAAAUAACUAUAAGUUUCUGAAGCAAACCAGAAUAUGGUGUUUUUCAGUGUUGGUGGGGGGGGGGACUCCACCACUUUGUGUUCUGAUAUUUUUGCAGCCCAUUUACUUGGAAGUAAAUCUCAUUGUGUUUCGUGGGAUUCACUUAUGAGUAAACAUGUUUGGGACUGGGCUGUUAGCUAUAUUUUUGUGUUUUGUUUGAGGGGUGCUGCAGAAUCCUCGUUACUUUCUGAUCCCUCAUUCCUAGUCAAGUGAGGGUGUAUAUCUUAAGUUGUAUGUUACACUUGAAAUGUACAAAUAAACCUGGCAUAAUUUAAAUAACUCCCCUUCCCUUAUAUUAAGUAUCUUCAGGUUAUGUUGCUAUUUUAUCUUUACAUUUAUUAGUAAAUUAAUCAGGACUGGAUAAUGUUCAGGAAGUGAAUAUUGGUAAAAGUAUUGUUAUAUCAAGCACUUUAGCAUACAUAUCACAAACUGACGUGGGUUUUUUUCAGGGUUUGGACUACAAUUAAAUGCAGCUUUUCAUGCAAUGGUAUUUGCAAAUAAAACUGUGAGAAUAACAAA